UGCUCUGUUUGUGUCUUGCAGUGAGCCACCUCUAUGGAUUUGGACUGAUGGAUGCUGAAGCAAUGGUGAUAGAGGCAGAAAAGUGGACAACAGUCCCUCCACAGCAUGUGUGUGUGGAGAACACGGAUCGGCAAAUCAAAACAAUAAGACCUGACAGUGUCGUCCGUUCAAUUUACAAAGCCACGGGCUGUUCUGAUAAUCCUAAUCACCACGUGAUCUACUUGGAGCACGUUGUGGUGCGCAUCACUAUUACUCACCCUCGACGUGGAGACCUGGCAAUUUACCUAACCUCUCCUUCUGGAACCAGAUCACAGCUCUUGGCCAAUAGGCUAUUUGAUCAUUCCAUGGAAGGAUUUAAAAACUGGGAGUUUAUGACUACUCACUGCUGGAGUGAAAAAGCAGCAGGUGACUGGAUCUUGGAAAUCUGUGACACGCCAUCUCAGCUGAGAAAUUUCAAGACUCCAGGCAAAUUGAAAGAGUGGUCCUUAGUACUGUAUGGAACAUCCAUCCAGCCAUACUCACCAAGAAAUGAUUUUCCAAAAGUGGAAAGAGUACGCUCCAGUCCAGUUGAAGAUCCUACAGAAGAUUAUGGAACGGAAGAUUAUUCAGGUCCAUGCAAUGCAGAAUGCAGUAAAGUAGGGUGUGAUGGGCCAGGACCAGAUCAUUGUACUGACUGUCUUCACUACUACUACAAAUCCAAGAACAACACACGGAUCUGUGUUUCGACCUGCCCACCUGGUCACUACAAUGCAGACAAGAAACGCUGUAAAAAAUGCUCACCCAAUUGUGAAACCUGUGUUGGAGGCCAUAGUGACCAGUGCAUGACCUGUAAAUCUGGCUACUACCUGAAUGAAGUAACCAAUAGCUGUAUUACCACCUGCCCCGAUGGGUUUUACCUGGAUAAGAAUAAGAUUGUUUGCCGAAAAUGCAGUGAAAAUUGUAAGACAUGUGUUGAAUUCCAAAUCUGCACAGAAUGCAGACAUGGGCUAAGGUAAGGAAAAGAAGGCUGU